AUGUUGAGCCUGCGAGAAAAUAUUUCCAAAAUCGCCGUCCCCUUCCUCGGAGCUCAUCCAAAACCGUCCUCCCUCCACCACUCCACUACCUCUCCUCCGCCGUAUACUGAUCCCACCAUUAUCGCCAAAUUAAUCCUCGAAACAGACAAUCCAGAAACUUUAACCCGAAACUUCCACACCCUUGCCAAUUGGACUCCCCAUUUAGUCCACAACGUUCUCAAACGCCUCUGGAACCACGGCCCCAAAGCCCUCCAUUUCUUCAACAUAUUAGACACUCACCCUUUCUACGCGCACUCCGCUACUGGUUUCGACCACGCCAUUGACAUCGCGGCUCGACUGCGAGACUACAAGACCGUCUGGGCUCUCGUGGCCCGUAUGAGAUCCCGGAAACUUGGCCCGUCACCGAAAACAUUUGCGAUUAUUGCCGAAAGAUAUGUCUCUUCCGGGAAGGCUGAUAAGGCAGUUAAAGUAUUUUUAUCCAUGCACGAACAUGGUUGCUCACAGAAUUUGAAUUCAUUCAAUGCAUUUCUUGAUGUUUUAUGCAAAUCAAAACGAGCUGAGAUGGCUUAUAAACUGUUCAAUAUUUUUCGGGGUAGAUUUAGAGCUGACACAAUUAGUUAUAAUAUAAUUGCUAAUGGGUUUUGCUUGAAGAAGCAAACACCAAGAGCAUUGGAAAUUUUGAAGGAAAUGGUAGAGAGAGGUCUCGUACCAACCCUAACGACGUAUAACAUAAUGCUUAAAGGUUAUUUUAGAGCGGGGCAAAUAAAAGAAGCAUGGGAGUUUUUCUUGCAAAUGAAGAGGAGAAAGGUUGGAAUUGAUGUCGUGACUUAUACUACAGUGGUUCACGGGCUUGGUGUCGUUGGGGAGGUUGUGAAGGCUCGGAAAGUGUUUGAUGAGAUGAUUGGAGCCGGAGUGCUCCCCUCAGUGGCAACUUUCAAUGCCUUGAUUCAAGUUUUGUGUAAGAAAGAUAAUGUGGAAAAUGCCGUCUUAGUGUUUGAAGAAAUGCUGAGGAAGGGUUACACGCCAAAUGUGACUACGUAUAAUGUGGUUAUUAGAGGAUUGUGUCAUGCAGGGAAUAUGGAUAGGGCGAUUGAAUAUAUGGAUAAAAUGAAAGAUGACAACUGUAAGCCAAUUGUUCAAACAUAUAAUGUUGUCAUUAGGUACUAUUGCGAUGAUGGAGAAAUUGAGAAGGCUUUGGAGGUGUUUGAGAGGAUGACUGGUGGGAGUUGUUUGCCCAACUUGGAUACUUACAAUAUCUUGAUCAGUGCGAUGUUCGUGAGGAAACGAUCAGAUGACUUGUCGGUUGCUGGUAAGUUGUUGAUAGAAAUGGUUGACAGAGGAUUCUUGCCUCGGAAAUUUACCUUCAAUCGGGUUCUAAAUGGACUUCUGCUAACCGGAGCUCGGAGUUUGGGUGGUAAGCUCGACAUUGUUAAAAACAUCAAGAGUGACUAUUUCUUCUUGUCAUGUGAGCCAUUAAGGUACCUCCAUGUUGCGGGAUGCCGUUGGCUACAAAUGAAAGAAGCUAAAGCUGUGAAUUCAGACAAUAAACAGUUGCCCUUUCCAUUUUGUUUUUCUCUCUCUUUUAUGCAGGCAGUUCACUGA